AUGUCUUGGAUAAUUGGAACUGGUGAGCCCCCGAACAAAUUUACUAUUGAACGGAUUAUGGAUGAGAACGAUCUUCUGCUUGAUGUAGUUAACAAUAAACUCGCUGCCGGCAACUUCGUGGAUGCUACUUCAUAUCAAAUGAUUCUUCAACGAAAUCUUGUGUAUCUUCUUGGUCUCUCCUUGCGACUCGGGUCCCCGAGCGAUCUGAAAUCCAAACUGCAAGCUUUUUUGAAGGAACAAGUCAACAGAAAAGCUGAAACUGAUACUUUGAUUUCUCAGCUUAGAACCGAACGCGACUCCGCCUUUGGUGAAGUCAGCCAGUUGAAAGAUCAGUCAGUGCAGCUGAAGCUGCAGUUAAAGGCCACGUGUAAUGAGUUGUCGGCGAAGGCGGAUGAACUUGUGGUGAACGCAAGCAGCGAAUUGGCGGCAAUCCAAAACGAGCGUCAUACUCUCUCUGUCCAGGUAGAGUCCGCGUUACCUAAAUUAAAUCAGUAG